AUGUGGAGAAGGCUUCUUCGUCGAGGUGUCCAACAAGCAUCGUCAUCUUCAACACCUCCCAACACAGAAGCAAGUCAAGCUGUAAAAACUGUUACGGCCAAUUCAAGCCGCUUCGGAAGAAGAUUUGUUAUUGGAUCGUUGAUAGUCGGUGGUGGCAUUACUCUUGGGGCUGUUGCUAAAGCCUAUGAGAAGGAAGCAGAGGAAGAGAUUGGAGUCAUCCGAAAGAAGAGUCGAUGGUUGAAUUUGUUGUUUGGGUCCAAACCUAGUGAUGAAAAACCUUCCUCAGAAUAUGGAUUUGAAACACCCACUCUCAUCAGCAGUGACAAAUAUGGGCAAUUACUCUACGACCGAUUCACUCAUUCAUUCUUUCAUCGUAUCUAUUAUUUGAUUCAUAUCGGACAAAGAUUGAAUGAAAUUAUUUCAAUUUUCUCACCUUUGGCUGUUUAUGCUUUCGUACACUUCUUUGUGUUAAAACCUUUCUAUAGACUCUUGUAUACAAGAAUUAAAUUCGAGAAUGGUCAAGAAAUGUUGGAAAAAGCUGAGAGGGAUCUCGAUGAAAAGUUUUAUUCAUUUGUUGUGCAGAGUUUGAAGGAUGGUGGUACCUGUUUCAUCAAAUUCUCUCAAUGGCUCUCAACGAGAGCUGACUUAUUAGACCCUCAAGUAUGCAAACAUUUUGCCACACUCCAUUCCAAUGCUCCAAAGCAUCAUAUGAAGAAUGUGAAGCAACUCAUCAAUGAACAAUACAGAAAGAGAGAACACACCGACAAAGACAUCAUUGUAUGGAUGGACAGUGAACAUCCAUUGGCUAGUGGUGCCAUUGGUCAAGUCUACAAAGGAAAGAUGAGAUAUCACAAUGACCAGACUGACAUGGAUGAAAUUAGAGAUGUCGCCAUUAAGGUUAGACACCCUCAUGUGGAAACACAAAUUUUACAAGACUUGAAGAUUUUAGAGCUACUUUGUGUCAUUACCAGCAGAUUCCUUCCAUCUUUGGGUUGGCUUCAGCUCCAAGAAAAUGUCAAGGAAUUCACGAAAUGCAUGAAAUUACAAACCAACUUUAGAUUUGAGGGUGAAAAUCUCAAAGCAUUCCAAAAGAAUUUCCAAGAUUUCAAAAAUACCAUCAUCUUCCCAACACCUUAUUACUACUCUCCAAACAUACUUAUCGAAAGUUUUGAACCUGGAAUUUCUAUUCAACACUAUAUGGAUCAAGCUCGUAAUGACCGUGAAGUUUCAUUGCCAAACCCAACACAACAACCAAACAAGGACAUGGAUGAGCUUGUAAAAGAAAAGGGAAACAAACCUAUUCCUCCAGAAGUUGAACAACUUGACGCAAAAGAACAACAACGAUUGCUCCAAAAGAAACACAGACAUCGCGUUGCAGAGCUAGGUACUGAUCUUUUCUUGAAGAUGAUGUUACACGACAACCUUCUUCAUGCAGAUCUUCAUCCUGGAAACCUGCUCGUAAGAAUCAAUAAGGAAACCAAUGAACCAAUGCUUGUUGUGUUGGACGCUGGAAUGGUCACCCAAUUGUCACAUGAGGAUAGACAAAACUUUGUUGAUCUCUUCUCUGCGAUUAUUCGUGGUGAGGGCUACUAUGCUGCUCAACUAAUGAUUGAAAGAUCGAGAAAGUUGAGAGAAAAUAGCGGAUACACUUUGACACCUGAAAAUGCAGAAAAAUUCAAGACUGAAAUGGCAGAUUUAAUUACCUUUGUUCUCGAUAAGCCAAUUGAGGAAAUUCAAGUUGGAAAAGUUAUGGAGACUGUCUUGUCACUUGGACGACAGUAUCACGUUCCUAUCGAAUCGACUUUCUCAACACUCGUCAUUAGUACCAUUGUUGUGGAAGGUAUUGCCAGACAACUCAAUCCACGCUUCCAGUUUGCCGUGAGCGCUCGACCUUUCUUGGCAAGAGACAAGACUCUCCGAAUGGCCUAUAUUCAGAGUCGUUUGGGUAAGAUCAAGGAAGCUGCUGAGAAUCUCAUCAAAUAA